GCAGCCUGUUCUGUGAUGGCAGCUGGAGGCUCAGCCCAAAUCUCCAAGCCUGAAGUCGGCUUGGCCCGGCCCUUACACUGUCUGGCACCAGAGAUCACCAGGGCUUCCAACAGAGCGGUCCUUCCCAGCCCUAUGCGGGGGACUCAACCUGGAAGCUUCCACGUGCCACACAGUUGCUCUGUCCCAGAGCUGUGACCGCACCAGGUAGUGGAGGGCCCUUGGCAAAAACACCUUGGGCUGGACCCCUCCCUCCAUGGCUCUCGUGUCUCACCAGCUGCCCCUUCUCUGCCUCCUUCCUUUCUUUCUUGGCAGGCAAAGAGCCAGUGAGCCAGGAAGCAACAGGGACCGCUUCUCUUCCUUGUCUCUUGUCUGUGCCCAGGUCAGAGGCAGGGGACAAACAGGUCGCAAUGGCAAAAAGGCGAGAUACAUCCAUUGAAUUCUGAGGUCCCACCACACACCUAAGACUCCAUGGAUGGUUGCCAGUACUGAAGCAGUGUACCAAGAGAUAGGAAGCUGCCUUCUGCUGAGCCCGAUGUUGAUCCUAGCUAAGGGAUGGGCAUGAGUGUUCUCCAGAUGAUCCUGGACUGCAGCUGUCACCAUCCCUCACUGUUGGCUGGCCAGGGCUGAAGAGAGUUGCAUUUGGAGGGCCUCAGGUUGCCCACUCCAGUUGCAGUUGGAAGACAACAUUCCGCAUAAAUCCUUCAAGUCCACACGUACAAGGAUAACAGUUUUGGGAAGCUGCAGCUGCACCCAGGGAAGGAGAAGCUGAUUUCCAGGCAGAGGUCAAGAUGGAGGCUGUUGAUCUGUCGUUCCUUUCGGAUGCUGAGAGGGAUUUGAUCCUCCAGGUCCUCCAGCGAGAUGAAGAGCUGCGGAAGGCGGAAGAGAGGAGAAUUAGGCGCUUAAAGAAGGAGCUUCUGGAGAUCCGCAGAAAGGGAGCCAAGAGGGGCAGCCAGCGCUACAGCGAGCGGACGUGCGCCCGCUGCCAGCAGAGCCUGGGCCGGAUCAGCCUCAAGGCGAACACCUGCCAUGGCUGCAAUCACCUGGUGUGCCGGGACUGCCGCUCCUACAGUGCCAACAGCUCCUGGUGCUGCAAAGUCUGUGCCAAGGAGGCGGACCUGAAGAAAUCCACGGGUGACUGGUUCUAUGACCAAAGAGUAAAUCGGUUUGCUAACAGGCUGGGCAGUGACAUCAUCCGAAUGUCCCUUCGGCACAAACCGCUGGCCAGCAAAAGGGAGACGGCCGGGCAAGCCUUACUUGAGAAGGCCCAGCUCAGCAAUCCCCAGAGCGGCCCCAAGACUGCACAGAUGAGUCCUCAGCGGCCGCGCAAGGAGCCCAGCUUGACUCCAGAGCCCCUGGAGCCACGGGAUGCAAAGAGCGACACGGAGUCGACCGAGAACAUGAGCCUGGAUGGCUUCCGUCCCGCCUCUGCUCCCAGUGCCACACCUGCUGGGCCCAGCCCUCGCCAAGAGCGGACGAAAGCACUUGACCCUUCGGGGUCCCAUUCAUCCAGCCUGACCCUCCCAACCCACUUCAAGGAGGCUACCCCUUCUUUUUCUGGCACUGAAGCUCGUUUUGGGAGCUCAGCUGAUGAGAACGAAACCCUAUUCAAGAAGAAUCCUCGAAGAGUUCAGAGGCCUUCAGAGUACACCAAAUCGGUGAUCGACCUGCGGCCUGAGGAGCCUGGCAGCGAAAGUGGGCUUCUGGGCGACAGAAGCAAGUCAGUUCCAGGCCUCAGUGUGGAAAUGGAGGAGGAGGAGGAGGAAGACAUAGAUAACCUGGUGGAGAUUCACCGGAGAAGGGCGGCCAGGAGAAGCAUGCGCAGCGACGCAUCUUCGAGCACUUUGGGAAGCAUGGUUAGUAUCUACAGCGAAGCAGGUGAUUUUGGCAAUGUCUGUGUGACCGGGGAGAUCGCCUUCUCACUCAGCUACGAGCAGAAGACUCAGGCCCUGUUUGUCCACGUGAAGGAGUGCCACCACCUGGCGUAUGCUGACCAGGCCAAGAAGCGCUCCAGCCCCUACGUGAAGACGUACCUUCUCCCGGACAAGUCCCGCCAAGGGAAGCGCAAGACCUCCAUCAAGCGGAACACCAUCAACCCCCUGUACAACGAGGUGCUCAAGUACGAGAUCAGCCAGCCCCUCCUCCUGACCAGAACCCUGCAGUUCUCCGUCUGGCAUCACGAUCGUUUUGGCCGCAAUACGUUCCUGGGAGAGGCGGAGGUUCUGAUGAACUCCUGGAACUUCGAGAGCCAGUUUGAAGAGUGCCUCCCCUUGCACGGCAAGAGUGCGGCAGACUCGGCUGCCUCUCCUCAAUAUAAAGGCGAGUUGGUGGUUUCGUUGAAGUUCAUUCCCCCGGUCAAGCAUCUCAGUGCAGGCAAUGGAAAAAAAGGUAAAAGGGAAGAAGGAGGUGAACUUCAGGUCUGGAUCAAAGAGGCCAAAAACUUGACGGCAGCCAAAUCUGGAGGGACCUCUGACAGCUUUGUCAAAGGAUACUUAUUACCUUUGAGGAACAAGGCCACAAAAAGGAAGACGCCGGUCGUGAAGAAGAGUCUGAAUCCCCACUACAACCACACCCUGGUUUACAACAACAUCAGCGUGGAGGAGCUGCCCCACAUCUGCCUGGAGCUCACGGUGUGGGACCGGGAGCCCCUUUCCAGCAAUGACUUCUUGGGCGGCGUCCGGCUCGGAGUGGGGACUGGCAUGAGUAACGGCCAGGUGGCGGACUGGAUGGAUUCGACAGGUGAGGAAAUAAACCUCUGGCAGAAGAUGCGCAAGUACCCGGGGUCCUGGGCAGAGGGGACCCUUCCCCUCCGUGCCACGAUGGCCAGGCCAAAGCCGUAGCUUUGCUCCUGCCUGUUUUCGAGACUGAGCCCUGGAGGCAGGGGAAGGCGGGACUUGUUGCCCUGGAGCACCUGAGCAAGAUUUCCAGGUUUCUUGUGCAUGUUGGUGAUGCAGCUAACCUUGCAGUGGCCUUUGAAGCUGUGUGUAGAAGCCAUGUUCUCGGCAGCCUGCUUUAUUUAAAGGAUCUUGGUUUUGUCACUUUGUCCAAAUUGAAUUUUUCUCAGAGGCGCAGGAGAGGAGGGUCCCAAAGUGCCUUUUAAAAACUUUGUUUGCUGCAUUCUCUUUUCUCCUGCCAGUCCUUUCUUACGUCUUUGUUGUUGUUUUUAAAAGCCUUCAGAAGACUGCAUUUCUACACCCUGUUCCUGUUUUAAAUGGCAUUGCCUUCUAUGUAUGGAGGGGAAAGGGACACUGAAAUAAAGUUCAAAUGCAUGA